UACAUAACGCGAAUUACUCCGGGGCAGCCACAGGACUAUGCGGGGCACCGGCCAGCCAUGGGAGCCGCGGGCAGCAGCGGCUGCGAGCGGGGCCAGCUGGAGGGGUCCCGCUUGCUGCCGACCGCCUGGUGGGCGCGGGUCUGGAGGAGCGUCCUGGCCAACGCGGGCCCCCCUCUGCUGGGCGCCAAGGCGGAGCGGCGGGCCUUGACCGAGGAGGCGCAGGCGGCGCAGGAGCGGGGCUUGCCCCAGGGCGUCGCCCUCUUCUUGCCCGAGUUCCCCGUCCGGCCUCCGCUGGGGCCCAGCCAGCUCAAGGUGCUGGGCUUGGUGGCCAAGGGCUCCUUCGGGACGGUGCUGAAGGUGCUGGACUGCAGGCAAGAGCGGCUCUUCGCAGUCAAGGUGGUGCCGAAAAUGGAGGUGCUUCGCCGGGACAGCCUCAAGCAGUGUAAGGAGGAGGUCAGCAUCCAGAAACAGGUGAGCCAUCCGUUUGUCCACUGCUUAGGGGACAGCUGGCAGGGGCAACGCCAUCUCUUCAUUAUGUGCACCUAUUGCAGUACCGGAGACCUUUACACCUUCUGGAAGUCCGUGGGCCCUUUUGGUGAAAGCGUCAUCCGCUUGUUUGCCACGGAGCUGGUUCUGGUGCUAGGAUACCUCCACAAUCUGGGCAUUGUGCAUCGUGAUGUCAAGAUGGAAAAUAUACUCCUAGAUGAACGAGGGCACUUGAAGCUGACUGACUUUGGCCUUUCCCGCCAUCUGCCUUGGGGCAAGAGGGCCUAUACAAUCUGCGGGACCCUCCAGUACAUGGCCCCCGAAGUGCUGAAUGGGGGUCCCUAUUCCCACGCUGCUGAUUGGUGGUCUCUGGGUGUGCUGCUCUUUGCCCUGGCCAGCGGGAAGUUCCCGGUUGCCCCAGAGAGAGACCACAAGGCCAUGCUCCGGAGCGUUCAAGGCUGCAGCUACACCGCGCCAGUCACUCUCAGCCUAGGCCUGCGUCUUCUCCUCAGUGAGCUCCUGUGCCAGGAUCCACAGCGCCGUCUGCGUUACCCCCACCACUUCCGGGGCCACCUAUUCUUCCAUGGAAUGCCCUUCGACGCCGAACUCUUGCAGAAGCAGCCGGUGGACUUUGUGCUGCGCUUGCGGCAAGCCAAGGACACCGUUCUGGACACCACCACUGCCGCCUUUUCAGAUUUUGACUGUGACCUCUUGAGCCCCGGAAGCCAGCCUUGGCCUGGCUGAAGCUGCAGGGUAGGGGAAGGAGUGCUGGAGGCUUCCGUAGACCGUGACUCUGUUCAUGAACAACAUCCAGUUCUCAGGAGAAUCAGCCGGGGAGGCCCAUCUAGCCAUUCCUCUCUUUUUGCCCAGGGCACCUAAGCUAGGCUCUUUUCCCUUCCUUGGUCUCCUUCCAUCUUUAAACACAGUGCAGCAAGGUGGGAAGGCCCAGCUGGUCUUUGCAGGCUCUAACAUGAAGAACCUGUGCUGAAAGAUGCCCGGGAUGGUGAAAAGAGACUGUUGCACCAAUAGAGGAGGGGGCAGAGAGCGGUGGUGAUAGCUAGCCUCUUUUUGCUUCAUCGCAGCACAAGGAUCUCAGGAAUGCUGGCCAGUCACCCUCCCCGCACUAGCAGAAGCACUGGAUAGACUCCCUGCCAGCCCCUCGCCAAUAACUCUGGUGCCACUGCCCCUCCUACUGGAAGAUUCAAGCGGGCAGCCAUGUUGGUCUGAAGCAGUUGAACAAAGCAGGAGUCAAGUUUCACCUUUAAGACCAACCAAUUUUUAUUUAGAACGUAAGCUUUCAUGUGCUCUUAAGCACACUUCAUCAGACGAGGAAUCCAGCACAGCUCACUGUGCUGGAUUCUUUGUAUGAUGAAGUGUGCUUAAGAGCACACAAAAGCUAACGUUCUAAAUAAAAAUUGGUUGGUCUUAAAGGUGCAACUUGACUCCCCCUACUGGAAGUUCAGGACACAGGGGGUCUUCGCAACAAUCAGAUGCAAAGGAGGCAGCACAGUGCUUUGCUGUAGGGUGAGCACAGGUUGGUGAGUAGGAGGCCUUUGAGUGUCACAGAAUCCCUACGCAAGUGGAAUGGAAGACCUAGCAGGAGUUAUUUUGCCACUUCUGUCUAAUCCUAAAGAGCUCUGUGAAACCCAGAAGCUUGCAUUUUUCUCAGGUAGCCUAAUUGGUAGUCAUUGUUUUUCAUUCUUCUUUUUUUAUGCGGCGAAAGUUAUUCCGUUUUCUAGGACAGGCUCCUUCCUUUCCCUCGUGGAGUUACACUCUGUGCCAACCACCCCACCCCCGCUCCCCAGUGGAUGGAGUCAGGUUUGAUUCUUCUCCCUGUUAACCAGAAGGGUGGAGCUGCCUCAGCACUGCAGCCUGUCUGUUUGUUUUUUGCUUAAUGCAAGCAGUAAAGCUGUUCCAUCCGUA